GCGACUCCUUCACGUCGUGUCCUGCACCCUCUGGCCGGUUGCUAAUGUUGCACGCGGCACCUCGCGACUCACUCGCUAUUCAUUCGGUCUUUGGCUAAGUGUAGACAGGCAGCAGAAGGAACUGGGUACGCUUAUGAACAGUGUUGUGUAUGCUGGACGGAAAGGAAUCUGUGAAAAAGUGAGAGACCGUCACUUCGUUCACGCGAAGGGGAUAGUCGCUCGGCGGGCAAUCGUGAUCCAAUCGAAGCCUAUAUAAGUGACAAAGGAGCUUGAGCAGCGAUCGAUUCGGGAUACCACGGCCAGGAUCAUCCAGGACGAUGGGUCCCGAAUUCCUCCUCUUUCUGUGCGUAGCGGCCAACCUGGCGCUGGGUCAUCGGGGAACAAAGGCGUCGCACGGGGAGGAGAAGGCACGGCUUCCGGAAUUCCUCACGGAACUGGAUCUGGCCAGUCUGGAGGCCUCGGAGGAAGACGUGGAAGAACUGAAGAAGAUCGUCAAGAGAUUGGCCCCUGAGAAGAAUGGCGAGUACCAAGUGUAUCAAGUUUUCUUCGGCAACGAGGACCUCCUUAAGGAGUGGCUGAAAGGAGCGGGAGUUAUGGGACAACCUGGUGUCGACUUUCCAGUAUUAACGACGAUUCCACGCACUGCCUUUAGCUGUCGCGGAUUGAAAGGCGGAUAUUAUGCCGACUUGGAGACAAAUUGUCAAGUUUUCCACAUUUGCGACAACGGACGGAAGAUCUCGUUCCUGUGUCCCAACGGCACCAUCUUCCAGCAGUCGCAAUUGAUCUGCGACUGGUGGUUCAAGGUGGACUGCGGCAAGUCGGUAGAACUCUACGAGCAGAGCGCCGAACAGCUGGCCCAAGACGAGAGGAGACGCGCAGAAGUCAGGAAGAUGAAUUCCGAGUUCCAUCGGGCUGCUGGAUCCGAGGACGGUCCAGCAUCUCAUCGGGAGACGCAGAAUUCGAAUUACGAUGGCAGGCAGAACGGACGGACCAAUCCGUUUGGACAGUCGGCUAAUGGACCAAAUCAGAUACAAUCUGAUCAGCAGGGUAAUAAAUCUAAUGAACCCUUCGGGCAGAAGUAUCCUUUCAACACGCAGUCGAGCGGAAGAACCGGAACCGGAAACGGAGAUGAAGGGGUAGUCGCUGGUCGGACCGGUGAAAAUUACAAUAAGAACGAGGAGUCCCAGUCGUCGAAUGAUAACUUCAACAGCUACAACGGUAACUCGAACGACUAUCGGUCCGGACAGCAGAAUCAGCUGGUCGAAAGUCAGAAUGUCAAAGGCAACCAAUUUGGGAAUUACAACCAGAGAAACGGGAAGAAUAAAAAUCCGCAGGAUUAUUACGGCUCGUCGGCAGAUCAGAACGCGCAACGAGACGAGAAGCAGAACGCGAGGAGCUCGAAGUCAAGAAUUAUUUCCGGAAACAACCUGAAUUCACCGGUGCAGAGAGUAACGCCGCUUUACACGGAAACGACGACCUUCCGCACAACCACCGGAAAUCCCGUUAAGGAAUACCAGCAACUGGCCGAAAGCGCAGCUUUCGCAUCGAGCAGAGGAAAUCGUUACAAUAAGGCGUACAGUUCGAAUCAGUUUAACAAUUUCUACACGAAUCGCGUACCGAGCACGGAGAAUUUUCAGCAGGAGUCGAGCGCCGCGCUUCCUGGGAAGGAAAUAAAUGGGCGGCCACUGUUCGGAGCCCACCCUGGGAUUCCUGCUUAUCCGUUUCCCACAUUCGCCCCAAUCUAUAAGCCCCGCACUACCGCCGGCACCGUCUCUGCCUAUGAAAAUCAGCCGCAGACAACUACCCAGAAAGCAUAUUUAGCGGGUAACAAUUAUUAUAGAGAAGAUUCGGUAAGCCAGACCACAUACUCGAGUUUGGAUACAGUCACUGCUACUGCAUAUCCAAAGAUUUCGGAGACCGUGGUUCCUUAUGGAAAUUCGGAAAAUUAUCAACAGAGUACUCAAAAUCCAGAGGCAUAUAAGGAUGGAUCAGAGUCGAUCGACCCUUCGACGCAGCGACCCUACGUGAAUACCGAGACUUACAGGCAAAGUUCGGUAAACGGCGUAACCACGAGGGCCUUCGAGGACAGGAAAAACUCCAGUGAGGAUUCGGAAAUCGGUAGAGAUUACAACGAGGCUUCAGGAACAUUUUCAACGGAGCGACCCUAUUUGAAUACCGAGAGUUAUCGACAAGAGGCUGUUACGUUGAGUACGAAUGGCGAUACCGUAGCGCAGAAUUAUGGCGAGAAGUCCAACUCGCAAGCAAGUUUGGUUUACCAUGAAAAUACAUCUGCCACGAGUUCCGCUACGGAGAAAUCCUCUCAGCCUGAAGGAAAUGGUCAAUGGAGCGGGCCGACGUCUUCGACGAAGGACACGCUGGGCACUCGGCAGGAUUAUCGAGCAAACGCGAUAAGCGCUUCCACGGAGAAGCCUUUCAGAGGCACGCAGAGUUAUCAGGAAAGUACCGUCACUUCAGCAACCUCCAGUCCAUACGACAAAAGCUUUACGUACCGACAGGGCAAAAUAUUCUCCACGCUCGGGCCGUACGUUCCCUUCACGAAGAACUACGCUUACUCCACGACCACAACGACAACCACGCAAAAACCACCGGCUUAUACUGCAACGGUACCUACCUACAGCUCUACUGGAUCCGUUUACAGAAAUACACAGAACAAUUUGGUAGCACGAGAACGAGGAAAUUAUUUACCCACGACUCGGUCCAGAGCUACUUACUUGCCUGAGAAAACCACGGAGACACCUGCCUAUCUUCCAAAUAAUUUAGGAUUUGAACGCAGACCACUCACGGAACAAGAGCAUGCCAUUGACAUGCUGCACUCCCUUCAGGAUUUGGAGGGUAGUACCAGUUUGAAUAGACACAAUAAUAACAGUAACAGCCGCUCUGGAUUAAAUAUUCCAGCUUCGUCUGGACCCUCCACUCUGCAUUCUCUGGCAUUAUAUUUCGCCACGGCCACCGAUAAAUUUGACUCUAACGAGGCAGAAGACGACCCUGCCGUUAAAAUCGAGAGUAAAAGUAACGUGGACGAUGAGCCAGUUCAAAAGGACAAGAGCAACGCUGAUCUGCCUAAAACUUUAUUAACCGAGCACACGAUAACUUCCUACACGGAAUUAUUUAAUCUUAACAAUGCUCUGGAUAACAGUACCGGUACUGAAAAUCGUUUUGGGGAAUCUGGUGUAGAGGAUGACGCCAGCACGGAGAACGAAAACGAUCUGGAUCUUCAGCAGAGCGAAGGUCCAUUGAGUGGGGCCAGGAAAACGAACAACACGAAGCUUCGUGAGCUUGCUCAAGUGUUCACGCAUGCCCUGUCUGCCUAUCUUCAGGAUCCUGAUACAUUCAAGAAGGUCCUUACUGAGAUCAGACCCACGGAACCUCCACCCAGUUCCACCAGCGACGAGGUCACCGAAACAACAACCUUCUAUCCGACAACAUCCGAAGAUUAUUCAUCGGUUACCAAGGAGAAGGAUGAGGUCCUGGAUUUUUCUGACGUCACCAAGGCUUCCAGAAGGAGGCGACCUACAACACCAUAUCCCACGACCACUCAGAAUUCCAACCUCCCUGGGGAGACCACUUAUCAGACGUCGUACACAUCAACAGGAGACUACUACACCACUUCUUCGGAUAACCAAUACUCUACAGCAUCCCCAUCGCUCGCGACCGAUGUAUCAUUCGAGGGUCCUCAAAACGGCUAUUACGGAUCUCCCGAAGAGCCUGUAGGAAAUUCCUUCGCCUUCGAAGUAAAUCAUGCCUUCGAAACAUCCAAUGACAAUAAUGGUAUUCGAAAUUAUGAUACAGGACCUGCCGGUCCCGUGGACCCAACUGGUCCAGAUGGAACGUACGAAAAUUAUUUUCCUACCGGAUCAUCGUCCAGUGUAAAUAAUCGAUUCGGUGGUUUCCAGAAUAACUCCAUCAACACGCCGGAACCUUAUGGAAAAUACGUGAAGCCUUUUGAUGCGACUCCUAUAAGCGACAAUUACGUGGCAUCGUCUACGCCCAGUUCCUACGUAAAGGGCUCAUCGGUCCAAGAGAAUAUUAACCCCCUAUCUAGUAACCUACCGAAUGACGAGUUGACAGCUCCGUUUUAUACCAGCUACGACGAACCCGGAAACGGCGUCACUCCACGUGCAUUUGACGCAGACGUGUCCAAUAGUCUCGCAGCCGGUACUAAAUCGAGUUCCACCACUCCCCUGUCGAGAAAGAGCAGCCAAGUGUCAUCGGGCCGAGAACCGCAGAGAAUAAAUUAUUAUGAAACAACUGUAUCGCCAUGGAGAAACAAAGACGAGUCUCUUAUAACAGCAGGGAGUCUCUAUACAAACUACAGAAACAGAUACAACGAAAUCACGACAGAGAAUUCAAAGGCAACGGAGACCCCACCGAUCUCCUCCACCACCCUAGUCCAAACCGGAGAACCCAUUACGUCAACCAGCACAGCAGAGACAACGGCUCGACCUGGAACUAUCGUCCAGGAUGUACCAGUGACGACCAUGCAAAGUAGCGGAAGUACCUACAGUUACACGAGUCAGGCUAUGGAUGAUCAUUGGACUUCCUCCCCGACCGUAACCAAACUCUGGGAGACAACGGUUUACCUUGAUCCGAAUCAUAUCAACAAUGGUUUGUCAUCGGACCAUAAGAUGGAUGGUCCAACUUUAGAUUCUAGUGCCACGGAGUCCGCAGAGUACGGUACUACACCCUCUACAAAGGAUAGUCUCGUGACUGGUGCCACUAAUGGGGUAACAGCUCAAAAUUACAACAACGGCGACUCUUCCACAACCUGGAAGUGGACUGCAAACAGUAACGAUUCUCCGACUACCUUCACGUUACUGCCAACUGCCUACGGGAAGGAUGUCACUGGGACCCCAACCCCGACCUACACUACACAUUCGAGUAUCACGACCACCAUAACAUCCUCAGUGUCCUCGACGAACUCUGUACCACAGGAUUCUUCGGCGCCGUCAGCUCUGCCAUCUAGGUUUAAUGAGAACGCGUUUAACGUUACCGAAAAUGAGAUCAUAAAAGCCCAGGAGAUGUUUGGUAAUUUGAACGCCAGCAGCUCCAAUACGUUGAUGAGAAUAAUGAAGCAGGCUGAGAAUAAUUCAACGGUCAGGCAGCUGGUCUUGCUCCUCAUAAACCAUUGCAUUGGGCCCACGAACAAGACCACGGAGGAAGAGAAGGAACGAUUGCUGAACGCUUUGUUGAGGAUGCCCGUUAAUGAAUUCAGCCAGGGGGAGUCUACGGAAAUUCUUCACGGCUUAAACAGGCUGAAUCUUCCUGCGGGCAGGUCAAGAGUUUCCAUGAGAUCAAAUACGAAAUCCCGAGGUCGGACGUCCAGUAGAACCAGUACGACUACAACCACGUCCGGCACACCUCCCAUUACCACUUUCAGAAGUAAAGCUCGUCGAAGGUUCAAGAGCACUACGGAGAGUCCUGCUAUAUUGUCCAGAAGAUCGGAUGACGGUUACUCGGGAGAAGCAAAGAAUUCAUUGCCAUUGGUAUCGGAGUCAGCCUCCGAUAACAGAGCACUCGAACUCCUUAGAUCACUUUACGCGAUAGCGGCUAAAUGGGGCUGAAUCUCCUUGUCAUCAGGAAUCACGAGAUCACGUGCUAGCUGUCAGUUCCAUUAUUAUCGAUUAUUUCAAAUCGUUACCUACGUUCGUUCGCAUAACGGGACACUGUACGUUUCCUUUACGCCAAAACGAAUUUUCGGACUGGACUUGUAAAUCAGUGGAUCAAAUGGAAAAUUUCAUCGGCAAGGACACGCUCGAAUAUUUGACACUGGCAACGUUAAAGCGAAUCCACAAGCACGACGAGACUUCAUAAGGUGGCUAUCGGAAAUUAAAGGUUUAAGAAAACGAAACAGCCAGCAGCUGUAAUUUUUUAAUUUUUACCGAUUAAGUUUUUCUGUUUGUUUUUUUGUCUGCCGUUCUACUCUUCUCUGGAUCUGAGAAUCUUACUAUAUCGUGCAGCCGUGCAAUAAGAAAUUCGUAAUAUAUUUAUAAAUGUAUAGUUUGUUUCGUUAUUGUAUAAUUAUCGUUAGUCUAGGGGAUACCUAUGAUCAGCAGCGAAUUCAGAAUUAACUUUAGCAAAGCUUCGCAUCGCCAAUCUGAUUUAUCCCCUUCGCGACGAGGUCCAUUAAAUAAUUUAUUGAUCGGAGUGGAUCAAGCCCGCCAGGCCUGUCACGAACGAUAUAUAUAUAUAUAUAU